UUUUUUUUCUUCUCCUCUCAAUCAACAUCAACAUGGCAGUUGGACGAUUUGCUGAUUUAGCUCAAAAGUCUGCAGUACUUUUACUCGCAGGCACAACAGUUUAUUACAUGGUGAAUAUUGGUGUGCUUGUCAAUCGUCGAAUGGAAUUGAAAAAGCAAGGAAAACUACAUGAAGAACUUGCUCGUUUAAAUGAUAUUUACGAAGCAAAUGUAAAUAAGCAUAAACAGAAUGAAUCUUCACCGCUUCACGCUGAAACAACCACAACACCCACCCCUUUCCCAAGUACAAGUCAACCUGGCGAACUCGGCAAAAACCUUUAAUAAAUUCAUUGCCAGCAACCCCCUUUUUCAUUAUAUCAGUAAAGAUGUAUACAUUUUCAUGGAUCAACGUACAUAACAACAGCAACUACGGUUUUCCGUAGUCAGGAUAUCCUUUAUUUUUCCUUUUUUUUUUUUUUUUACAAGUUUUGUGUACAAUUAAAAUGUGGAUAAAAAAAAA